AUGAACUCAUUAUAUAACCACGCACUCAAACAAUCAGUAGCGCUUCAGCGUGAUCUAGACAAAUUCGCUUCUGGGCAAGAUUCCUCGGCUGGAUUGCAAGGACAAAUAUCAGCGUCGUUUAGCACGUUACAGCGAUCGAUAGAUGACUAUGUCAAUCUCGCCAAACGAGAAGAUGUUGCAGUAAGAAAAGAGACGGCGUUAACACGCGUUACCAAAUUUCGCCGAGAUUUGCAAGACAUGAGAGCACAAUUUGAAUCUAUUAAAAGGCAACAAGAAAACCAACAACACGAGCAAAACCGCGAAAGUUUACUUGCCCGAAGAGGUGGAGGCGGUGCUCGUAGUACAGCAACAGACAAUCCAUAUCAACCCAUGGACGAAUCCAGGUCAGCCUUUGCAAUGCGGGAGGCAUCAUUUGUUGAUUCGACGGACGCGCAACUGGAUAGUUAUAUUGGCCAGGCACAAAACUUAUUAGAGAAUCUGACGGACCAGCACGGGAUCUUGAAAAAGACACAGAGAAAGCUAUUGGAUACAGCAAAUACUCUCGGCUUGUCCAAGAAUGUCAUUCGGUAUAUUGAACGGCGCACAGCGCAGGACAAGUGGAUCUUUUUCGUUGGCUUGGCGAUCACGUUACUGGCAUUGUGGGCUAUUGCCCAUUAUCUCGGCUAG